AUGCCCUCUACCACGCUACUGUUUCCGCAGAAACAUAUUAGGGCCAUUCCAGGCAAGAUAUACGCGUUCUUCAGAGAGCUCGUCAGCGGAGUUAUUAUAUCCAAGCCAGAUCUAAGUCAUCAUUAUUCUUGUGAAAAUGCGACAAAGGAGGAAGGCAAAGAUGCAGCAGAUGAAGAAAAGACUACCACAAGUUUGUUUCCCGAAUCAAAUAAUAUAGACCGUUCUUUAAAUGGUGGCUGCUCUGUGAUCCCUUGCUCCAUGGAUGUCAGCGAUUUGAACACGCCAAUAUCGAUCACACUAUCUCCUGAGAAUCGUAUCAAAUCAGAAGUAAAUGCCAAGUCACUGCUCGGAUCAAGGCCAGAACAAGAUACAGGCGCCCCUAUCAAAAUGUCUACUGGUGUCACAAGCUCUCCAUUAAGUCCAUCAGGCUCCACCCCAGAACAUUCCACCAAGGUCUUGAACAACGGCGAAGAGGAGUUCAUUUGUCACUACUGUGACGCUACUUUCAGGAUUAGAGGAUAUCUAACGAGACAUAUUAAGAAGCACGCCAUCGAAAAGGCGUAUCACUGUCCAUUUUUUAACAGUGCCACUCCUCCUGAUCUUAGAUGCCACAAUUCGGGUGGUUUUAGCAGACGCGAUACUUAUAAAACUCAUUUGAAGGCAAGGCACGUGCUGUACCCCAAAGGUGUUAAACCACAAGACCGUAACAAGUCGUCCGGCCAUUGCGCUCAAUGUGGUGAAUACUUUUCCACCAUUGAAAAUUUCGUUGAGAAUCACAUUGAGUCUGGGGACUGUAAAGCUUUACCGCAGGGGUAUACCAAGAAAAAUGAAAAAAGAUCUGGAAAAUUAAGGAAGAUCAAGACAUCUAAUGGUCAUUCUAGAUUCAUAUCCACUUCGCAAAGUGUUGUAGAACCUAAAGUACUUUUCAACAAGGAUGCCGUAGAGGCUAUGACCAUAGUGGCUAAUAACAGUUCGGGCAAUGAUAUUAUAUCCAAGUACGGAAACAACAAAUUAAUGUUAAACUCGGAAAACUUUAAAGUCGACAUACCCAAGAGAAAGAGAAAAUAUAUCAAGAAAAAGCAGCAACAGGUAUCUGGAUCGACGGUAACCACACCAGAGGUAGCUACACAAAACAAUCAAGAAGUGGCACCUGAUGAAAUCUCAUCCGCCACAAUUUUUUCACCUUUUGAUACUCAUCUACUCGAGCCCGUCCCUUCUAGUUCAUCGGAAUCUUCCGCUGAAGUUAUGUUCCAUGGCAAGCAAAUGAAGAAUUUUUUGAUUGACAUAAACAGCUUCACAAAUCAACAGCAGCAGGCACAAGAUAAUCCUUCGUUCCUGCCACUCGAUAUUGAACAAUCUUCAUAUGAUUUGAGCGAAGACGCAAUGUCAUAUCCCAUCAUAUCCACACAAAGCAACCGUGAUUGCACGCAGUAUGAUAACACAAAAAUCUCACAAAUCUUACAAUCACAACUAAAUCCAGAAUAUCUCAGCGAAAAUCACAUGAGAGAGACACAACAAUAUUUGAAUUUUUACAAUGACAACUUUGGGUCACAAUUUUGA